AUGGAGGGCACCGAGCCCCGCGCGCGGCCCGAGCGCCUGGCCGAGGCCGAGGCGCGGACGGCCGACGGCGGGCGCCUGGUGGAGGUGCAGCUGAACGGCGGCGCCCCGUGGGGUUUCACCCUGAAGGGCGGCCGCGAGCACGGCGAGCCGCUGGUCAUCACCAAGGUUGAAGAGGGGAGCAAAGCCGCCGAGGUGGACAAGUUACUGGCUGGGGACGAGAUCGUGGGCAUCAAUGACAUCGGUCUCUCAGGGUUCAGACAGGAAGCGAUUUGCCUGGUGAAGGGGUCCCAUAAGACCCUGAAGCUAGUGGUGAAAAGGAAGAAUGAGCUCGGCGGGAGGCCUCAGUCCUGGCACGCCACCAAGUUCUCCGACCGCCACCCUGAGACGCCCACCUGUCCGCUGUCCUCCGCCGGCGCCUGCCCUUCUUGGCACGGCCGACACCACGUGAGCUCCUCCUCCCAGGACCUGUCGGGCGCGUGGGAGCCGCCCAGCCUGCAGCGCUCCUCGGACCACUUCAGCUCGCUGGGCAGCGUGGACAGCCUGGACCACCCCUCCCCGUCCUACCCCUCCGGCCGCCUCUCGGCCGCCAAGUCCAGCAGCAGCAUCGACCACCUGGGGGGCUCCGGCAAGCGGGACUCGGCCUACGGCUCGUUCUCCACCAGCUCCAGCACGCCCGAGCACACCUUGCCCACGGCGGACGCGUCGUCCGCGGAGAACAUCCUCUACAAAGUGGGCCUGUGGGAGGCGUCCCGGCCGGGAGGCAGCCGGCAGGAACCUCAGGGCCCGGAGGAGCGGCCGGGGUGCCUCCCCGCCCGGGGCCCACGGGAAAGCAGCGGGAGCCCCACGCCGGAGAACGCGCCCGAGCCCAGGCUGGCCCCGUCAGGGAGGUCCAGUUUUGGGCCCGUCUGGUAUGUUCCCGAUAAGAAGAAAGCCCCUUCUUCCCCGCCGCCGCCCCCUCCCCCUCUCCGUAGUCACAGCUUCGCGGCCACCAAGAGCCACGGGAAGGCCCCGGGCCCUGCCUCCCCGGAGGCGGCCGCCACACAGCACUUUCCGGGCCUGAGCCGGGCCCAGCCCCGCAGUGACUGGAGACCGGAGCCCACCGACCAGCCGUGGAAGCCGGUGCGCCCGGGUGACCGGAGGAGACCUGGGAGCUCGGCCUGUGGAGCGGACGCCCCCCUGGAGUGCGGGGGCCCGUCCCCCACCCUCGGGGCCCCCAGUGGGCUCCAGGCCUCUCUGUCCAGCACCGACGUGCGUUUCCCACCGACGUCCUACGGGUGCCAGCACCCACGCCAGCGCAGCGACCAGAGCCCCUUCCCGCACGAGGGCCCCAGGGCCGCUGCGUGGCCCAGGGAGGUGCCCUGGGGUGCCCUGGCUGGAGCCCGACAGGAGCCCCCUGCCCCCCACUUCCAGGACGGCAGCCCCCCUCAGGCCAGACGGCCCAGUGCUGCUGAUCGGAAGGGGGACAGCGGAGGGCAGAGCCACCCCCACUUGGUGAGCACAAGACAGGGGAAUGCCCAGGUGUCCCAGCUCCGCGAUGACCACUGGCAUUGUGGCUCGUCUCUGGGUGCCCACGCGUGUCCUGCCACACACCCGGUGGGCCAGAGACCCCGUGGUCCCCUCCUUCAGCACCAGGAGGCCCCGGAGGCCCAGGAAGGGGAGAGGGGUGACCUAGGGGACAGCGGAGUGGGGGCCCGCUCCCCGAGAACGGAAGAGCUGCAGCGAGCCAGCCACGGCGACAGAGCCAGGGUGAAGAAAGUCGGUGACGGCUUCAGGGGGGCCGAGGGAGAGACUGGCCAGAUCUCCGCUCACAGGACCCCCAUGCUGCACUCGCUGACCCGGGAGGGGGCCGGGAGGCCCGAGGAUGGCCAGGAGGGCGGCGUGGAGAGGCCCGCGCCCUUCGACGCCCAGGCGGGCAAACCCACACGGCGGAGUGACCGCUUCGCCACCACCCUGCGCAACGAGAUCCAGCUGCGGCGGGCCAGGCUGCAGAAGAGCAGGAGCUCGGCCACGCUGGCUGAGCCAGAGGAGGCCGAGGGACAGGCCGGCAGCUGGCGGGGGGCCCUGGGGGUGCCCGCCCCGGCAGCGUCCUUCCUGGGCACCUACAAGGACCACCUGAAAGAGGCCCAAGCCCGUGUCCUGAGGGCCACGUCGUUCAAGCGCCGCGACUUGGACCCCAGCCCAGCGGACCGUUACGCGGGGUCGCCGGAGCCCAGAGCCGGGGACCACGGUCCCGAUCCGGACACCGCCCCCCGCUCCUGGGAGGUGGGCCCGGCCAGGCCGCCCUCGGCCAGAGGUGGUGGGUCCCACGUGGCCCGCGUCGGGGGCCGGAGGCGGUUCACGGUGGAGCAGAAGCUGAAGUCGUACUCGGAGCCGGAGAAGAUGAACGAGGUUGGGCUGUCGGAGGGCCGCCGUGCCCCGCCCGCCGAGGACACCGUGGGGACCUUUGCGGACAGGUGGAAGUUUUUCGAGGAAUCCAGCAGGCUGGUUGCGCAGAGGCCCGGGCCGAGGCCGGCGCUCUCCGGAGCCCCGAAGGAGAAGCUGGACAGGCCGCGGGCCACGGGCCACGGGGACCCGGGCGCCGAGCCUCCGGCCCAGGACAAGGCCUGCGGCACCUCCUUGGGGGAAAACGUCAGUGGUCCCAGGAAGGCGGGAAAGACAGCAAAAUCGCAACCCCCACAGAGGCUAGGGACCUUUGCGGAGUAUCAGGCCUCUUGGAGGAAACAGAGCAAAGGCGCAGACGCCAGGGGCUCGGGGAGGUACCACUCGGCCGACGACAUCCUGGAGGUGGGUCUGGACCAACAGGAGAGGCUGCGUUUCGUUCACGAGAGGUCGCGGUCAUCACCGUCCACCGACCUCUACCCACAGGAAGCUCCCAGCGAACCGCGGCGGCAGGCAGAGGACCCUGGUGAGCCCAGAGAACUCGCCUCCACAGUCCAAGCGCAGGAGAGAUGCUCCACCCCAAGACAAGCAGAUGCUCAGUGUCCAGGAGCCCGUGGGGACCCGCGGCACCCGGCCCAGGUCUCUGAGCCGUCUCACACCAGGGAAGCUCCGGAGGUGCCCCAGGAGGGCCGCGGCAGAGCAGGGACCCUACCUCGUGAUUACAGAUACUCAGAGGAACACGCGCCAGCCCGCCCCCUGCAGCCGCCGGGCCCAGGAUCACAGGGGCAGAGCGGCCUCUCGGCUCCGCAGGCUCGGGGGCAGGACCCUCCGCCUGUGAGCGCCGCGCCGCUGGCCAAGAGACCUGCCCCGCAGAGGCCGCCACCACCCAAGCGGGAGCCCAGGCACUUCAGGGGACCAGCCUGUGCCGCCCCCACGGGCACACCUGUGGUUUCUUACCUGGGCGCACCUGCGGGCAUACCUGCGGCUGUUCACCUGGGUGCACCUUCCAGCACAGAGGCGGGCGCACCUGUGACCAAUCACCUGGUGGCACCCGGCAGGCCCCUUCCCCCACCGUCUCCCUUGGCCCUGGAGCUGUGCGUGGACCGCCUGUCCCUGUCCCGCAGCCCCUGCGCCUUGGCGGAGAAGCUGAGCGGUGCGCAGCCCGCAGAUGGCCCGCAGGCCCCGGCGGAGCGCGCCAGGCAGCAUGUAGAUGAGCCCCCAGCCUGUCCGAAGCGGGAAGCCCUGCCCCCUUCCAAGUUCCGGCCCCUGCAGACGACCGCCAUGGAGACCUCCCGCUCCCCAUCGCCUCAGUUCGCCCCCCAGAAGCUGACAGACAAGCCCCCCCUGCUCAUCCAGGAGGACAGUUCGACAAGGAUCGAGCGGGUGAUCGACAACACCACCGUGAAGAUGGUGCCCAUCAAGAUCCUGCACUCGGAGAGCCAGCCCGAGAAGGACAGCCGCCAGGGCCUGGCCUGCACCGCCGAGCUGCCCGCGCUGCCCAGCGGGCUGGAGAGGGACCAGAUCAAGACGCUGAGCACCUCGGAGCAGUCCUACUCACGCUUCUGCCUGUACAGCCGCCCCGCGCCGGAGCCCGAGCCCCCGGCCCAGCCCCCCAGCAGCCCCGGGGCCCCCGACGGCCAGGCCUCCCCGCCGCCUGCGCUCAGCUACGUGAAGGCCAGAGAGAGGACGGCCGAAGACCUGAAGUCCGAGGAGCUGGCCCGGGAGAUCGUGGGCAAGGAUAAGUCCCUGGCCGACAUCCUGGACCCCGGCGUGCGGAUGAGAACCACCAUGGACCUCAUGGAGGGCAUCUUCCCCAAGGACGAGCACCUCUUAGAGGAGGCUCAGCAGCGCCGGAAGCUGCUCCCCAAAAUCCCAUCUCCCAGAAACACGGAGGACAAGAGGGAGGAGCCGAGCGGGCCGGCGGCCGUGUCCCUGGCCACCACCUCCACAUACUACAGCACGUCGGCCCCCAAGGCCGAGCUGCUCAUCAAGAUGAAGGACCUGCAGGAGCGGCAGGAGCCCGAGGAGGACACGGGCAGUGACCUGGACCACGACCUGUCUGUGAAGAAGCAGGAGCUCAUCGGCAGCAUCGGCCGCAAGCUGCAGGUGCUGCGCGAGGCCCGGGAGAGCCUGCUGGAGGACAUCCAGGCCAACAGCGCCCUGGGGGACGAGGUGGAGGCCAUCGCCAAAGACGUCUGCAAGCCCAAUGAGUUCGACAAGUUCCGCAUGUUCAUCGGGGACCUGGACAAGGUGGUGAACCUUCUGCUGUCCCUGUCUGGUCGCCUGGCCCGCGUGGAAAACGCCCUCAACAACCUGGACGACAGUACUUCUCCUGGUGAUCGGCAGUCGCUGCUGGAGAAGCAGCGAGUCCUCCUUCAGCAGCACGAGGACGCCAAGGAGCUGAAGGAGAACCUGGACCGCCGGGAGCGCAUCGUGUUCGACAUCCUGGCCAGCUACCUGAGCGAGGAGAGCCUGGCGGACUACGCGUACUUCGUGAAGAUGAAGUCGGCGCUGGUCAUCGAGCAGCGGGAGCUGGAGGACAAGAUCCACCUCGGCGAGGAGCAGCUCAAGGGCCUGCUGGACAGCUUGCAGCCCGAGACGGGCAAAUGAGGGCGUCCUCCCCGCGGGGGGCACAGGCCGGCCUGCGUGCGCCCGUCCCCGGGGCCCAGCCACACCCCGGCCCGUAUGUAUGUCCUGUGGCGGGAACCCUCCCGUCGCAAAGAGGCUGUUAGGAAAACAGUCACUCUCGUGUGUGUUUGGGACGAUGUAUCGAAGUUUGCAGUGUCCCUUCUGAAUGCCGAGCAGAGGGGCUGUCUGUGGGCCGUGCCCGGGACAAGGAACCACACGGGCGCUGGGCUCUGCUGAGGGCACGUGGUGCAGCACCCACCACGGGCUGCGGUCCUGGACCGUGGGCAAGGGCUCGUGGGCCGUGGUCGCUCGCCCUUCCUGCCGAGCCAGCCCCUUGGGAAGCAGUCACGGAGCCUCCAGGGUGCACCAGAGGGGCGACCCUAGGCAUGUCGUGUGAUUCCCACGGGGUGCACGGCCCCGUGUCCGUGUGUGUCCCGCCGUGUUGGUGUUCAUUCUCUUUCCCAUGGUGACGUCCUCUGACCCAGCAGAGACCACGUGACAAUGCUGCCGCUGAUCACUUAUGAACAUUGUAGAGUCCACGAGGUUCGAGAACCCGCAGUGAGAUGCCUAAUGUACCUGUUGUGUUCACUUGUUCCCAAACCGCCCCUUGGGGUGUGUGCGUGCUUUAACGCGCGCCGAGCAGACUGCUUCGCUGCGCGGGCCCGUGGGUUCCCGCAGCGUGACAUGACUUGCCGCAAAGGGUGUCCGGUCGGCCCGUGCUUGCUACAGCUUCGCGAGGCCAGGGGGGUGGCUCCUAAUUCCUGUCUCCACUAAACAUCGAUGUCCUGUGCGUGUCGUCACUGGCGGUGAUCGGCGACUGGGCUGAUUUUGCGUCUUUGACUCCGUCGGCGUGCAGCGAAGGCCCCACCCCGCUUCCUGUGAGAACCCCGCGUCCGGUGUGCGGGGGUCUCCACACGAGUCUGCCCCGGGGUGGAGCGGUUCCGGGCCCUUGUUAUUCGUUGACAUUGCAAGACGGUAAAGAGAGUCUACUCACGGAGCGGACAGCACCGUCCCGCUGCGACCUGCGGCUGACGAGGCACAGACUGGGAGGAACUAUUUUCAAGUGACACAUGUGACGAAGGAACGAUCAGAGUGUCUGGAGAACUCUAUAAAAGUCACCGUAAGAAAGCAAACAGCCCAGGGCAAACGAUUUCACCAGACGGCACAUCUGCGCAGCAAACGCGUGGACGAAGGGGGCCAGCCCCGACCGCCCAGUGGUCACUCACGGGCUGCCACCGAGGUCAUCGCGGAGCCGGUCUGGUGCUUCACGCAGGCUCCCCUGAUGAGAUGCUGGUUACUGGAGGGAGAGCCCCUGGCUGGGCUCCUGUCAGGUGCCAUUUGGACAUGUGUGUGAUGGCGGGAUCGUUGCGGUCCCCGUGCCCCCUGACUCCUGGGAAGAAGUUUUCCCACAGGUGGGGAGAUGUCUGUGUUGGCGGGGACCGCCGCCGAACCAAGCACACAUGCACACCCCUGUCUUAGGACAGUGGUCCAUGCUUCCUGAGCCGGAGGCCGUGAGCAGACCCCGGUGCCGUGGAUGGCGCCGGCGUGCUGUGUAGACGGGUCCGCGCGGGCCUGCUUCACCAACGCUUCACCAACGCGGGCAGCCGACACUGGCCACCCAGCCACGCCCAGCAGACUCCUGCCUUUCAGAAGUUUCCAUUCCUAUUCACCGGAGGUCUGUGACUUGGAAAUGGUACCGCGUGGGUCAUCCCUUGCGGGGGAAACUGGCCCUGGCGGAGGAGGUCGAGUUGGCUGUUCGCCAGCCUCCGUCUUCCUCCCUCGGGGAGGCCACCGCAGUCAUUUCUGUGUGCUCGGUUUUUAAUUUAGACAAAGCUGUUCUCUGUGAUCCCCCCCCCAUACAGUGCUGUGACCGUUUUGAUGCUAGGCCUGUAAACGUGACUCAUAGAAUCUGUGUGUCUGUGUCCUGCCUUCUGAUGUCUUUGAGGACGUUCCUGCACAUGGCGGUACGGAGCGCAGUUCCCCUUUUACCGAUGCACCUGCGCUCAAGCGUCCUGCCCACGCCCGUGUCCGGUGAGCGGGACCAGACCCAGCCAGUCGAUGUACGUAAGGUUGCACAUAGCUGUCCGGCUGCAGAUAAACAGUGUGGUGCUCAUGUCCUGCCCUUGGCGGUGCGAGGCGGUGGCCGAUCACGGACGCCGUGUGGUAGUGCGGCCCUGGAAUGCUCUGUGCAGCUGGACUCCGUCACGGUGUGGCCUGCAGUCCCCUGUGGAAACGCGGACAGGUCAUGCCCGACCCUUACCCCUCACCUGUCCACACGUCAUCCUGCUCGAUGAAAUAAACAG